AACAACAAACCGCACGUGCGUCGAAAGUGUGUGUUGAGUUUCGCGUAAAAACGGGUCUGCGCGCGCGAUAUUCGAUACGUGUCAGUGAUAUUCGAUUUUUAAUUCCGUGGACCCGUUUCCGUUCCGCUGCACAGAUAUAAAGAAUCAUGGUCCGGGUAGACUUUUCCCAACUGGUUGAGUUGCAGUCCCAGCCGGAGCGCAUCCGUAACAUUUGCAUAUUGGCACACGUCGAUCAUGGCAAAACGACCCUUGCGGAUUCGUUGAUUGCCAGCAAUGGAAUUAUCUCGCAACGAUUGGCCGGCAAGUUGCGCUACAUGGACAGCCGCCCGGACGAACAGGAACGCCAGAUUACGAUGAAGAGCAGCAGCAUAGCGCUGUACUACGAGGGACAUUUGGUGAAUUUGAUAGAUUCGCCGGGGCAUGUGGACUUCAGCAGCGAGGUUUCCACUGCGGUUCGGCUUUGCGACGGAGCGAUUGUUGUGGUGGAUGUCGUGGAGGGUGUUUGUCCUCAGACGAGGAUUUGUCUGAAGCAGGCCUACAGUGAGAACUUGCGAACGGUGCUGCUGCUGAACAAGGUCGACCGGUUGGUGCUGGAGAAGAAGAUGGACCCGGUGGAAGCUUACAAGCAUCUGAGGCAAGUUCUGGAGCAGGUCAAUGCGGUGGUAGGGAAUAUUUUUGCGUCGGAUGUGCUGGCCAAGGAGGAACUGAGCUCGGAUCAUCAGCUAUCGGCUCUGGAAGAUACGGACGAUUCGAGGAUUUAUUACACACCGGCAAAUGGAAAUGUCCUGUUCGGAUCGGCGUUGGAUGGCUGGGGCUUUACGCUGAAGGCUUUUGCGAAACUGUAUCAGGAAAAGUUGGGAGUUCCGCUGGCGGAACUUGAGGAAGCGAUGUGGGGUGAUUUUUUCUACAGUCCCAAGAAGAAGAGCAUCGAAAAGGGAGCGCUGGAGAAGGGGAGGAAGCCCUUGUUUGUUCAACUGGUUUUGGACAAUCUGUGGAAUGUGUACGAUUUGGUAGAGAAUCGAGACGUGGACAAGUUGAAAGCGAUAUCUGAGAAGCUGGGAAUUGCACAGACGGUUCGAGACUUGAAGCAUGCGGAUAUUCGAAUACCGAUUAGGAAUUUGCUGUCCCAAUGGUUACCGAUGGAGAAAUUUUUGCUGGAGUUGGUUGUGAACAACGUCCCAAAUCCUCGGAUGAUUCCAGAGACAAAAGCAGAGAAGUUGCUCUGUUCUAGAAUGGAAGACUUCCAUUCAUUCCCGGAACAAACGCAGAAACUUAGUAAAGACAUUCUGAAGUGCGACGCGAGUAGCGAAACAUUGAUCGUUUUUAUUUCGAAAAUGUUUCCCGUGGAUAAGAAAUCGUUACCACAAAACGUGGUAGAAAGCUUCUCGAGGAUGACCCUGAUGGAGGAUUCGGAAGAAGCGGAAUCCUGUGAUGAAGCUUUCCUCGCGUUUGCACGAGUUUACAGUGGGACGCUUAAGCGAGGUGACAAAGUGUAUGUGAUAGGCCCAAAACACGAUCCUAGGAAUUUACUGUCGGAUGGUUUCGAUUUGUCGGCUUCACCGCACAUAACGCAGGUUCAAGUAGAUCAUCUAUUCAUGCUGAUGGGGCGACAACUGGAAGUGAUUGAAUCUGUCCCAGCAGGGAGCAUAGCAGGAAUAGCUGGUCUUCAGAAUCACGUUCUCAAAACUGCAACCCUGAGCAACACUCCCUUCUGUCCACCAUUUGUGGACCUUCCAGCGAUAGCAACUCCAAUCCUCCGGGUCGCCGUCGAGCCCAAGGACAUCCAGAACAUGCCGAAGCUGGUACGGGGAUUGAAGCUUCUAAAUCAAGCGGAUGCCUGCGUUGAGGUUCGCAUCCAGGAAAGUGGAGAACAUGUCCUCUUGACUCUGGGCGAGGUCCACUUGGAACGUUGCAUCAAAGACCUGGAAGAAACCUACGCCAAAAUAAAACUGAAUGUGUCCAAGCCGAUCGUACCAUUCAAGGAGACGAUCGUCAAAUUUGUGCCCACAUCGGAGGAAAACCCGGAGGAAGAACUCGCAAAGGAAAGAGAACGGGACAAAACUGUGACCAUCUUUACACCUAACAAGCAGAGCUUUAUCAAACUGCUCGCAAUUCCCCUACCGGAAGAAGCUGUUGAACUCCUAGAACGAAGCAAUCCCAUAUUGAAGGCACUGGCGAAGUCCCAGGAAGCGAAGGAGAUUUCCCACUACCUCAAGGACUCACUGGAAGAUCUUAAAGCCAAGCUCAGUAAAAUAUUCGUCGAAAGCGAGACCGAAGAACUCAACGCAUCCACCGUGGACAAAAUCUGGAGCUUCGGUCCGAAGAAAUGCGGUACGAACGUUUUGCUGAACUGCUCCUCCUUCAAUCAUCCAUUAGUAUGGGACUUGCGGCAAGUUCCCAAUGACUCCGUAGACAUCAGACACAGCUUGGAGUCGUCCUUCGUAAACGGAUUCCAGCUGGCAAGUUUAGCAGGCCCUCUAGCAGACGAACCCAUGCAGGGCGUUUGCUUCAUCCUAUUGGAAUGGGAUGUGACCGCCCCAAAUGCAGAAGCCGACGAAUCAAGCUCAGCCGUAGUGUCCCACGGUCCCCUCUCCGGUCAGAUCAUGUCCAUCGUCAAAGACGGAUGCAAGAAGGCGUUCCAGAAUCAACCGCAGCGAUUGGUCCACCCGAUGUACAGCUGUAACAUCACCGUGAAUUCGGAUGUUCUGGGAAAACUGUACGCCGUCAUCGGAAGACGGCAGGGACGGAUCCUGUCCGCUGACCUUAUCGAAGGAAGCGGCCAGUUCGAUGUGAGUGCUGUAAUUCCGGUGAUAGAGUCGUUCAACUUUGCCACCGAGAUUCGCAAGCAGACUUCGGGAUUGGCGAUGCCGCAGCUAGUGUUCAGCCAUUGGGAGAUCGUUGACAUCGACCCGUACUGGGUGCCGACCACCGAGGAGGAAUACGAACAGUACGGCGAGAAGGCCGACUUCACCAACAUUGCCAAGGUGUACAUGGACUCGAUACGGGAACGGAAGGGCCUACCGGUGGAGAAGAAAACGGUGGAACACGCGGAAAAGCAACGGACGCUUUCGAAAAAUAAGUGAUUCUAUAAUGGAAGUGGAGGAGCAUCGUAGCUAGCGAAUAUAUGUUGAAAAUUUAAUCGAUUUGUUAUUAAACCCUUGACCGCUGAGCAUUG